GAUAAGGCCAGAGAGAAAGUAACUGUGUGUGAGGAACCAGACCCGCAACGUGAUGGUGAGAGAGACACACAGAGCGAGAGACUGAGACAGACAAGCUACGGGUCACUUGUAGAGCGCACAUGUCUAUGAGAAGAGGGACAGGGGACUGACAGUGUGUGACACACAGGAGGGAGGGAGGGACGAAGAGGAGGGGGAGUCUGGGAGCCGGAGAGCGGGUCCCUCACUCGCAGACACACUGCUCAGUGACUGAAGCGACACAGAGAGAUACAGAGUGGCACAGCCACACAGCCACUUACCGGCCCGCAGAAACAGCUUCAGAGAUGAACUUUACUGAUACAGAGGGAAACCUAUCAAGAGCCUGAUCAAACACAGCUCAAGAGAUUGCGGAUCCGGGUGUUACUGGUUGAGCCCCUUGCAUACAUCUCGAGUCACACGUGUCUGAAUUGCCGCUAUGACCACUGACGCGCCACCACUCUAUUACCCCAUACCAAUAUUACCAUGGUAACGGUGUCAAAUCUUAAGAACCCAGAGGACCUGGUAUAUAUAGUUCUUGAGGUGGCUAUUGCUGUUCUGUCCAUUCUUGGCAACGUGCUGGUGUGCUGGGCUGUAUGCAUCAACAGCAACCUUCAAAACGCCACCAAUUAUUUUGUAGUGUCUCUGGCAGCUGCAGACAUUGCUGUGGGAGUUCUUGCCAUCCCUUUUGCCAUUGCAAUUAGUACUGGAUUUUGUGCAACCUUUCACGCUUGCCUGUUCAUUGCCUGUUUUGUUUUGGUGCUGACGCAGAGUUCCAUCUUCAGCCUUCUUGCUAUUGCUGCUGAUCGCUACAUUGCCAUCCGAAUCCCACUUAGAUAUAACAGCUUGGUGACCAGUAGGAGAGCAAAUGCUAUUAUUGCAGUUUGUUGGCUUCUGUCCUUUGUUAUUGGACUUACUCCCAUGCUGGGUUGGCACAAAGAGGUUCCUCCAUCUGGGAAUACAACUUGCCGCUCUCCAAUGAUAGAGUGCCUUUUUGAGAAUGUGGUUACCAUGGAUUAUAUGGUAUAUUAUAAUUUCUUUGCCUGUGUAUUGAUACCCUUAUUGCUGAUGCUUGGCAUCUACCUGCGAAUUUUUAUGGCAGCCCGACAUCAACUGAAGCAGAUGAAGAUGAAAGUGACAUGUGGAGAACGCUCCCGUUCCACGCUGCAGCGGGAAGUCCACGCCGCCAAGUCUCUGGCUAUCAUUGUGGGCCUAUUUGCUUUGUGUUGGCUGCCAUUACACAUCAUCAACUGUUUCACCUUAUUUUGCCAAGCCUGCAAUCGUCCACCGCUCUGGAUAAUGUACACUGCUAUCCUACUUUCCCACGCCAACUCUGUGGUGAAUCCACUCAUCUAUGCAUAUCGCAUCCGUGAGUUCCGUCACACUUUUAGAAAGAUCCUUCAUCAGCAUUUGUUUGGUCAGGGGCCACAUUUAAAGACUAGGACAGCUAGUGCAAACUCACUGACAUACAAUGGAGUUGAUGAGGAGACGGGGAUCACCCAAAUUCGUUCCAGUAGCUGCAAUCUGGGAACUCACACGAAUGGAAGCGUUUGUAAAUUAAAGGAGGAGAGCCGUCAAAAUGGGUGCCCAUCUCAACACUCGGAGAAAAGGACAGGUAGCUAUAGGUAUUCUGGUCACAAAAAGGAGAUGAUGGAGAUAUCCUGACUGGGGUAACUCUUGGAAACCUCCAACUGACCCUUUGACUUUGCCUCUGGCCUGAGAUUUGAGGGUGUGUAGCUCUCACUGUACACUUGGUUCAAGUAGCCAAAUGUUGUUUGUAAAUGUAGUGUGAGUUUUUUUAACUCAAUUUAUUUAUAAAGACAAAUUUUAGAAGUCAUUAUGGUAUUAUCCAGAAGACCUGUCACUGUGUUCCAAUCGAGGCAGGUAUGAGCCCUAACAGAAUUCUUGUAUCACAUAUUGGAACUGGUGCUGAACUUGCUAAUAUGUUUUAUUGUACCUUUUCUCCACGCUGUAUAAUUGUUUUUUUUAAUAUUGUGUAUUAAAUAUGUGCUCCAGAGAGCUACCUCUAUCA